AUCCUCUUCAUCUUCUUAUUCCAUUUCAUUCAUCAGUCACUUUGUCAAUUAUCAUCAUCAGCCGUCACCACAAACUCGUCCGCGCUUAGUCUUGCAUCAUUCAUCUGGUAUUCUCAUACACUUCAUAUCUCCACAUCAACUAUCACCAUGGUUUUUAAGUACUAUCCAGGAGCGAAGGUUGCCAUCAUUGGCGCGGGUGUUUCCGGUCUCGUCACUGCCAAAGAGUGCCUCGAAGAAGGCCUGUUGCCCACCGUCUACGAAGCUCGCCCGUAUAUUGGCGGCCAGUGGCAUUACGAGGAACCUGAUCCAUUGACUGGCGAGACCUUCUCGUCCGUCUACGAUAGCGUGGUGUCAAACACAUGUGCUCUACGCUCUCAGUUCAGCGACUUUCCCAUGGACCCUGCGGAGUACCCAGACUAUCCCACACAUCAAGACUACUUGAGAUACCUUCACGAGUAUGUUGCCCACUUUGGCUUGGAGAGACACAUACUCCUGAACACAGAAGUGUUGUCAUGUGAAAAGAUUCCGGGUUGCAAGUGGAGAGUCAAAACAGGAACAUCUGAAGACGAGUUUGGUGCAUUGUUUGUCUGUACCGGCAAGGAGAGUGUGCCAUACAUGCCGGAAGUCACUGGUGUGGAACUCUUUGAGGGUCGUGUUAUCCACAGUCAUGUCUACCGCCAACCCAGUGUCUAUGCUGGACGACGAGUCGCUAUCGUGGGCUUUGGCUCUUCGGCUGUCGAUAUCGCAAGUGAAGUCUCCGUGCACGCCGAGUCAUGUCAUCUCAUUACUCAACGGGGAGGCUGGGUCUUGCCCAGAUACGUCAAUGGCAGACUUGUCGAAUCGCUCCAAAGCCGUCUGGCAGAAUAUGUCUUACCUCGUUGUGUCCUCAACAUGGCAUACGAACUGACCCACCGCCUUGUGACGGGUGAAAUGCAUCCGGCUCUGAAACCAAACCACCGCCUUCUCGAGGCGAAUCCAGUUGUGUCUAACACAUUCCUUGAUCACAUUCGUUCUCGCCGUAUAACUCCCCAUCGAGCCUCGGUUGAGAGAUUUACCGAGAGUAAAAUUGUGCUCAGCAAUGGAGAAAGCCUUGAAGUCGAUGAAGUUAUUUUCUGUACAGGGUAUAAUGUCACCAUGCCAAUCAUUUCCGAGGACACAUAUCGCGGGGAAAAGCCAAACUCUAUUCAUUUGUAUCGACUCGUCAGCCCUCCGUCGGAGGACACCCUGUUCUUCUUGGGAUUGGUUGAGUUUACAGGGCCUAUCCAUCCGACCGUUGAGCUUCAAGCUCGAUGGGCCGUGGCUUCACUGAUCGGAAGGCUUCAUCUACCUUCAAGGGAGAAGAUGCAGAGGGAGAUCAGAAAGGCAGAGAGACAGCAGCAGAAGAUGUUUGUCAAUUCCCGUCGUCAUACGAUAGCUGUACCUGCGCUCAGAUAUAUGGAGACUUUGGCCGACGAUCUUGAAGUGAAGCCCAACUUGCCAAAGCUUGUCCGGAGAUACAUUCUGAGCAGACAUCCUCUAGAUGGUCUUUCCAUUGUCAAUUACUACUACAUCGGUAUGAUCACAUCUGCGCCGUAUCGACUGUUCGGCCAUGGCGAAAAGCAUGAACUUGCCGAAGCGACAAUCCUGCGGAUGGCCAGAUACGGUGACGAAUUUAGUGAGACGGAGGAAGUUCUUCUGGCAGCUGAUGGAGCUGUUUGGAAUGCGACUAAGGAUAAAUGACUUGAUCCACUCUUUCAAGAUUGUGUAUUCUUACUGUGUUCUGUGUUUCUAUCAUUAG